GCCCGUCAGCUGAUCCCAAAGUCACAGGAUUCCAUGCUCAGUCAUCCCCUGCCCUGGAUAACAGAGGGUGUGGGAAGGCAGUGGCGCACGGAUAAGGCUUGCAGCAGCCAUCACGCCGGGAGCCAGCUCCGCAGCAGCCAUGGGGCUCCGCGCCUUUAUCCUGCUCCUGGCCCUUGUGGUCCCAUGCUCGGCGCUGAUCAGAAUCCCACUGACUAAGUUCCCCUCAGUGCGCCGCAUCCUAAAUGAAGCCGGAAGUGAAAUCCCUGAUCUGAAUGCAAUGGGCGAAUUCCUGAAAUACAAGCUGGGCGUGCCUGGCGUAGGGGAGCCCACCCCAGAGACCCUGAAGAACUACAUGGAUGCUCAGUACUACGGAGAGAUUAGCAUUGGGACGCCACCGCAAAAGUUCACCGUGGUCUUUGACACUGGAUCGUCCAAUCUCUGGGUGCCCUCUGUCCAUUGCAACCUCCUGGACAUCGCCUGCUUGAUCCAUCACAAAUACGACUCCUCCAAAUCCAGUACCUACCAGAAGAACGGCACAGCUUUCGCCAUCCAUUAUGGAACCGGGAGCCUGUCUGGAUACCUCAGCCAGGAUGCUGUGGGGAUUGGUGACUUAGUUGUCAAGGACCAGAUCUUUGGUGAAGCAACCAAGCAACCUGGCAUAACCUUCAUCGCUGCCAAGUUCGACGGCAUUAUGGGCAUGGCCUUCCCGAAGAUCUCUGUGGAUAAAGUCACACCCUUCUUCGAUAACGUCAUUCAGCAGAAGCUGGUGGACAAGAACAUCUUUUCCUUCUACCUCAACAGGGACCCAUCAGCUCAGCCUGGAGGGGAGCUGCUGCUGGGAGGGACUGACCCCAAGUAUUAUACCGGAGACUUCAACUGGGUGAAUGUCACACGCAAGGCAUACUGGCAGGUCAAAAUGGAUGAACUGGAUGUUGCCAAUGGCCUGACCCUGUGCAAAGGGGGCUGUGAAGCUAUUGUGGACACAGGAACCUCGCUCAUUACAGGGCCAACGAAGGAGGUGAAGGCGCUGCAGGCUGCCAUCGGGGCUAAGCCGCUCAUCAAAGGACAGUACGUGAUCCCCUGCGAUAAAGUGUCGUCCCUUCCCGUCGUCACUCUCAUGCUAGGAGGAAAGCCCUAUGAGCUCACCGGAGAACAGUACAUCUUCAAGAUUUCUGUACAGGGAGAGACCAUCUGCCUGAGUGGAUUUUCAGCCCUGGACAUCCCACCUCCCGGGGGCCCACUGUGGAUCCUGGGAGACGUGUUCAUUGGCCCCUACUACACAGUGUUUGACCGUGAUAAUGACUCUGUUGGCUUUGCCAAGUGUGUCUGAGCGCCUGCCCCACCACCCCUGCCACACACGCACUGUAGAGAGUGAGUCCCAGGAUUAAGAAGCAAAUGAGGAAAUAAAAGAAAUGGAAAUAGAUUUAAAAUUAAAAAGGAAGCAAUAUUAGUGCCCUCUUAAUGACCCUUUGCCAUCUCUUGAAUAAGUGAUAAUCAGAGAGCUCUAGCGGAUCAUUCAAUCUAGAGCAGCCCCCGCCUUGUUAGAUCUUCCAGCUCCAUUUUAAAUAUUAGCAAAUGAAGUCAUGACUCCAAGCACCCGCCUCGCAAAUAGGAGAGCUAGCUCAUGAGAUCCAUGUGAUGAUUCCACUCCUCCUGCAGAGAACCUACAUUGGUAAUGGUCAUUAGAUUCACUGUUAUACUGGGAGGGGAUGAGGGGGUUAUAUAUGUACAUGCAGAAAACUUUCUCCUUACUCCUCUUCUCUAACCAAUGACAGGGUGGGGAAGCUUAGUCUGGCGGCUCUCAAUGUGCUUCCUUGUGAGACUGAUUUCUCUUGUGGAGCUGAGGAGGGUGAUCGAGAGAUUGCCGCAUGAGCCAUCCCUUAAAAUACACAAGGGAAGGCUUAGGAUCAAAACACAUUAGCCGAGUUUCUUGUGUCGUGGCAGCACAAUGGGAGCACUUGGUGUGGUGUGACCAUCUCUAUUGACGUGUCUCACUGGGCAGGGAUGACAAGAGGGGCUCCAGCCAGUAGAACCCUCAGGGAGCAGAAACAGGAAGGGGACCGUGGUAGGAUUUGAUAAUGGUCUUUGAGUUCAUGUCCACUUAAGGCUGAGCAAACCAGUUCAGAUAAAAUAAGAGAUGACCCAAACUUCUUACGUUUGAAAUAGUUUUGUUGGUUGGGGUUUUUUUUCUUAAAGUUCUACAGUUUGGGAAAAUUUGUCAAGAGCUAUUGAGCUGAGAGCUAAUUUUUUUUUUUUAAAGCAUUUAAGUUACCUAGAAGCCCUAGGUCCUACUGACAGUCAAUGGGGUUUAGGUGCUUUCAAGUCACUUAGCUGCUUUUGAAGAUUUUACUCGUGGUAUUUUUGAUCUGAUCAAACCAGAGACUAUUGGCAGUCAAUCAAGAGACUUGCAAGACUUCCAGAGGUUUGGGGAAGCAUCUCAAGUUCCAGGUGCUUCUCUUUACCAAACCUCUGAGCCUUUGGAAGCCAAUUCAUCUCUACUCUACACUCCCUAUUCCGAACCCUAGCUUACUUUUCUCAUUCAAAACCAGGUAAAUGCACACCGUGCUAUACAAAUAUAGAGUGAGGCGCAUUGCCUGCUCUGGAGAGCUUACAGUCAAUGGUCAUGCGCGCAGACCCACACACUCCCAGGCAAGAGCCAGCAACUACGUAUGCAAAACUGUUCACCCUGUCGGGCCCUUACACAAGACAAACAUGGGGCAGCAGUCCAGGGGAGGGACUGCAAGUCGUGAUUGGUGGACAGAUGGGGGAUAAAGUGGGUUUUAAGUAGGGUGUUGAGGAAGUGGGAGAGAGUGAGCUUGGUAGAGUUAUCAAGGCUUUGAGCCAAAGCCCACUGAAGUAAACAGAGACACUCCCGUGGGCUUUGGCUUGGGCCCCCAAGUGUAUAAUGCAGCACGAGCGAUGGCACAACACGGAGGGUGAAAAAGAAAAGUCAAAGAUGCAGAUCGUGCCCUGGUGUGAGCCAGCAUAACACCAACAGUAGCAGUAAGGUGAGAGGAGUGGGAGUAAUGUAUGCAUGAAAUAGGAGCCCACUGAAGUCAAUUGGAAUUUUGCCACUGACUUUAGUGGAGCCAGGAUUUUGCCAGGUAGUGAGAGCAGUAAUGUGCCUGGGGGCAUAUAGGAGGCCAGUCACACUAGGGAGCAUACACACUUUUCCCCAGGCCCAAGCCAACAUUGAGCGUGCCGUCGGGGGAGAGAAAAGGACUGCCAGUUAAUCCGGAUGUUCAGGGAGAAUGGGAAGGAGAGGAGCUAAAACGAGUCACAUCACAGCAGCCUGCUGAGCGCCACCCUUUUCCAGUCCAUUGCACCUGUGAGGAGUUUGCUAACGUUGACUCGGGCUUUAAUAACAACCUCUGCUGCUCAGACUGGGCCGGAUUUCGUUUGGCGUACUUAAUGCUUACAAUCAUUACUCUUACUCAGGCCCCUGGAAGGGGCUGCCUGAGGCAGCUGUGACUGGUGUGAAUGUAGGCGCUCUAAUAGACGCGUCGGUCUGCACAGCCCCAGGAAUGAUAAAUACGCUGUUCCCACCGUAGCCUGCUGUCUGUGCCCACUCUUCAGCUGCUGCCUCGGAUUGGAAGCUGAAGGCAUCUGUUACAGCCUAAAGACCUGGCUGGAGAACAAUGGUGUAUUCCCAAAACCCAUCAAACACAGAUACUCAGCUGCCCUCCAGAGAGUCCCAUUUGCAAAUUGAUCAAGUGCCCAGAGCUCUUUAAAGUUUUGCUAAAUUCUUUCUCAGCUGAAGAAUUUAUCCCAUACAGUGAUUUAAACGUAGAACUUUUCUUAGAUGCCCAUUACUUAGAUUUGGUGGAAGGUAAAACUCUAGCAGGGAAUUGACUGUAAGCUUAGAUUUUAUUAAGGAUCUAUUUUUAACCCCUUCCAAAACAGGCACAGGAUAUUCUAUGAAGGAGCUAUUGUACAGUAAUUGCUGUUAAACAUAUAAUGCCCUAUAUUGUACAUUCUGUAGCAUCUCACUGGUAACACGGGGCCAAUUUCUGUCGUCAGACAUGCAGGACGUUUAUAUCUGAGGGAAGAAUUUGGUCCAUAGUGAUGCCCUAAAAGACACAUCUCAUGACAGGCUGGGGGAGCAGUUUAUUUGACAUAACACAUUUGCAAUGCAAAGAUUGUGCUGCUUCUGAAAUCAGACUCUUCCCCUUGUUGUUUUACUUGUGUUUUUCAAACAGAGCUUGAAAUACUGUUUGACUUUCUUUUCUGGGCAAUAUGAUUUGCUGUCAGAAUUACUGUCUCUCAUUUUAUUAUAGAAAAUUGAAAUGAAAACAUCUUUUCUCCCCUUUA